AUCACAAGUCUCUAUUUGUAAACAAACAAAUGUAAACAUGGAAGAAAUUCGGAAACUUGAGUAUUUAUCUCUUGUUUCUAAAAUAUGUACAGAACUUGACAAUCAUUUGGGUAUCAACGAUAAAGAUUUAGCUGAAUUUGUCAUUAAUUUAUCUGAAAAAAAUGACACUUUUGAAUCCUUCAAGCAAGCUCUUAAUGAUAAUGGUGCAGAAUUUACUGAUUCUUUCAUAUCUUCUUUGCUUCGAAUGAUUAAACAGAUGAAACCAAAAGACACUUCUCAAUUUGAUGAGAAAGGUGAUAAUUCUGCUGUUACUGUACCUGACUCUGAAAUAAUUAAUUUAUCAAGCGAGGAUGAGAAUAUUGCAGAAGCUGCUGUAGCUGAACUUGAAGCUCUGAAUCCAAAUAAAAAAUCUGGAUCUCCAUCCCACAAAAGGAAAAGCCGAUGUUCACGCUCUCCUUCUCCAAAAAGACACAGCUACAGGAAAUCAAAGUCUUCAUCAUCGCCUCCAGGCAGAGAUUGUCAGCAUGGUUAUAAAAAUAAGCAUCGUUCUCAUCAUAAAAGAUAUGAGCGUGAGAGAUCUCCACCUCUAUCUCUGGAACCUAUUGUUGGUCAGGUAUAUAAUGGAAAAGUUACAAACAUAAAGCAAUUUGGGUGUUUUAUCCAAUUAGAAGGUCUGAGAAAAUGGUGGGAAGGAUUGGUUCAUAUUUCUCAACUGUCUCGUGAGGGCCGUGUCACAAAUGUUGAGGAUAUUGUGCAGAAAGGACAGAAAGUCAAAGUCAAAGUUCUCUCUUUUACUGGCCAAAAAACUAGUUUAUCUUUGAAGGAUGUGGAUCAGGAAACAGGAGAAGACCUGAAUCCAACUACUGUCAACUCAGAAUCUAUGAAAACAGUAUCAUCUCAGAACAUUUUUAGAAAUCCAGACCAGCCAUCUAAUUUUCCUUCUGUCUCUACAAAUGAUGAUAGUGUUUGUUCUAGAAGGCAUGUUCAACGUGUUUCUUCUCCAGAAAGAUGGGAAAUGAAACAAAUGCUUGCUGCAAAUGUCAUUAAUAUGUCUGAAUUGCCAGAUUUUGAUGAGACUUCUGGCAUAUUACCAAAAGAAGAAGAUGAUGAAGAAGACAUUGAGAUAGAACUUGUUGAGGAUGAACCUAGCUUUUUAUCUGGACAUGGUAAGACUAGUAUGAGAGAUUUAAGUCCUAUUAGAGUAAUGAAAAAUCCAGAUGGUUCCUUGGCGCAAGCUGCUAUGAUGCAAUCUGCUUUGGCUAAAGAGCGUCGUGAGCAACAGCAGCAACAAUUACGGGGAGCAGAUUCAGUUCCAACUGACCUCAACAAGCACUGGAUUGAUCCUCUGCCUGAAGCUGAAGGUCGUAUAUUAGCAGCAAAUAUUCGUGGCAAUGGAUUAUCUACUCAUGAUAUUCCAGAGUGGAAGAAACAUAUAAGUGGAGGUUCCAAAGCAUCUUAUGGCAAAAAAACGCAGCUCUCUAUUUUAGAACAAAGACAAAGUCUUCCUAUCUACAAACUGAAAGAUGAUCUUAUUAAGGCUGUGACUGAUAAUCAGAUCCUUAUCGUAAUUGGGGAGACAGGAUCAGGAAAGACUACUCAGAUGACACAGUAUCUUGCAGAAGCAGGUUUUACAGCUAGAGGCAAAAUUGGAUGUACACAACCCAGGCGUGUAGCUGCUUCGUCUGUUGCUAAGAGAGUAGCUGAUGAAUUUGGCUGUCGAUUGGGACAAGAAGUGGGUUACACCAUUCGUUUUGAGGAUUGUUCAAGUCCUGAGACAGUCAUUAAAUACCUGACAGAUGGUUUAUUGCUCAUUGAAUGCUUAGUUGAUCCAGAUCUCAAAAGUUACUCUGUUAUAAUGCUUGAUGAAGCUCAUGAAAGGACAAUACACACUGAUGUCUUGUUUGGUUUGUUAAAAGAUGCUGUGAAACGUCGUCCAGAUUUAAAACUCAUAGUCACAUCUGCUACUUUGGAUGCUGUUAAAUUUUCCCAGUACUUUUUUGAAGCUCCUAUUUUUACUAUUCCUGGAAGAACCUACCCUGUUGAAAUCUUGUAUGCCAGAGAACCAGAAAGUGAUUAUUUGGAUGCUUCUAUGAUCACUGUGAUGCAGAUUCAUCUUACAGAACCUCCUGGUGACAUAUUGCUAUUUCUCACUGGUCAAGAAGAAAUUGAUACUGCUUGUGAGAUUUUGUUUGAACGGAUGAAAUCAUUAGGACCAGAAGUUCCUGAACUUAUUAUUCUGCCUGUGUAUUCUGCUCUGCCCAGUGAAAUGCAAAGUCGAAUUUUUGAACCAGCUCCACCUGCUGCUAGAAAGGUUGUUAUAGCUACAAACAUUGCAGAAACGUCAUUGACAAUAGAUGGUAUAUAUUAUGUUGUUGAUCCUGGAUUUGUAAAACAAAAUGUAUACAAUUCAAAGACAGGAAUGGAUUCUUUAAUAGUCACACCUAUCUCACAAGCUCAAGCAAAACAAAGAGCAGGUCGAGCUGGUAGGACUGGACCUGGAAAAUGUUAUCGGUUGUACACAGAAAGAGCGUACAGAGAUGAGAUGUUGACUACACCAGUACCCGAAAUACAAAGAACAAAUCUUGCUCAUACAGUUUUGCAAUUAAAAGCUAUGGGGAUCAAUGACUUGCUCACAUUUGAUUUUAUGGAUGCACCACCAGCAGAAUCUCUCAUAAUGGCAUUAGAACAACUACAUUCCCUAAGCGCUCUUGAUGAUGAAGGAUUAUUAACUCGACUUGGAAGAAGGAUGGCUGAAUUUCCCAUGGAACCCAAUCUUUCAAAGAUGCUUAUCAUGUCUGUUCACUUGGCAUGCAGUGAAGAAAUCCUCACUAUAGUUUCAAUGUUAUCUGUACAAAAUGUAUUUUACAGACCAAAGGAUAAACAGACUUUAGCAGAUCAAAAGAAAGCUAAAUUUAAUCAACCUGAAGGAGAUCACUUAACUUUACUAGCUGUAUAUAAUUCAUGGAAAAAUAACAGGUUUUCCAAUGCAUGGUGCCAUGAGAAUUUUGUACAGAUACGAACUUUAAAGCGCGCCCAGGAUAUUCGCAAACAGUUAUUGGGAAUUAUGGACAGACAUAAACUGGAUAUUGUAUCUUGUGGUAAAACUACAGCUCGUGUUCAGAAAGCUAUUUGCAGUGGAUUUUUUCGGAAUGCUGCAAAGAAGGAUCCUCAAGAAGGAUAUCGCACUUUGGUGGAUGGUCAAGUUGUGUACAUCCAUCCAUCCAGUGCUCUCUUCCAUCGACAACCAGAAUGGGUAAUCUACCAUGAGUUAGUGCAGACGACAAAAGAGUACAUGCGAGAAGUAACAACAAUUGAUCCCAAGUGGAUGGUGGAAUUUGCCCCUGCUUUCUAUAAGUUUGCUAAUCCCACAAAACUCAGUAAGCAGAAGAAACAGCAGAAAUUGGAGCCCCUUUACAAUAAAUAUGAAGAACCUAAUGCAUGGAGGAUAUCCAGAGUUAGGAAGAGGAGGAAUUAAUUACAUGCUUUUGUAAAUUAUGUAAAUAGAGACUGUUGAUUCAUGAAAAAGAUAUAUUUGUUUUUAAAAAAUGUUUUAAAUUUUUUUUUUUAUUAUAGUUGGAAAUUUCUUUAGAUUUCAAAUGAGUAGAGCUUAUUGAAAAAUAUACA